AUGGUGGGAUAUGAAGGAAAUGGAAAAAUGGAGCGGUUGAUAUAUUUAGCAGAUAUAUGUUUGGGAUCAUCAAUCAUGUACUCUGAUACAGGGGCAAUAAGGAAGCAGAUUAAAGAUGGAGUCCGAUUGAUGGGACGUGGUGCUGAACAGAUCCAGUGGCCGAUUCAUUUUGAGGUAUCGCGUGUCACUGUGAGGGCAAAGGAAGCCAUUGAAGCUGCAGGUGGGUCUGUCAGAAGAGUAUAUUACAACAAGUUGGGCUUUCGAGCAUUGCUGAAGCCUGAGUGGUUUGAAAAGAAAGGCAGGUUAUUGCCAAAGGCAGCGAGACCUCCCCCAAAACAGAAGGACAAAGUCGAUAGCAUUGGCCGCUUGCCUACCCCAACCAAACCUAUUCUUUUUUUUACUGAAGAGGAGGUGGCCUCCAGUUCAUCCACUUGA